ACAGUAGGAAACAGAGCUCUACUGAGACUGUAUUUAGUGACAAGCCAAUGAAUCCGAGGGGCAUGGUCCCUGGGGAGAGACCCCGUGGGAGCCAGGCACUAAGCUCAACUUUACGGCGGCAGAAUAAAGUGAUCCCAAAGAUUUCCUCCCCCAAUAACAAAUUCCUUCUAAUUUCAGCCACAUGGAUCAGCCAUUCCCAUCUCUCUACUUCAGCAUCAGUGCAAGAUUAAAACUGUGUAUGAGAGGCAUGGUUUACAGAAGUAGCUGAAAUAAUUCUAAAACAACAGCUUAGAUUUCUAGAAAAGAAUUUCAUUUCACAUGUUCUAUCAGAACACCCAGCAACAGAGAUCUGGUUAUUGUGGAUAUUGCAGAAGGAAGUUCCGAGGCGAGCGGGUAAUAAUGAGAUUGUUUCUAGAUGAGAGGCUUUGGCAAGUGGGGUGCCAAAGGGAUCAGAGUUGUUGCCACAGCUGUUUCCUGGUCUACAUCAAUGAUUGGGAUGAGAAGCCUGUGUAACAUAUCCAGGUUUUUCAACGACACAAACCCAGGAUGCAGUGUGAUUGUGAAACGUUUGUGAGGUUAUAGAUCGGCAAAGUGAAUGGGUAGCACCCACAGUAGAUGGAAUAUAAUGCAGACAAAUGUGAGGCCAUUCACUUUGGUAAGGGGGUGGGAAAUUGCAACCUUCACGUGGUCCACCCUGUUUCGACUAAUGCAAUCAACCCGACGUGCACAGACAAAGAGAUCAAAUAGAACAAGUUGACCUACAACGUUAGGCUGUGCACGCCAUACACAAGAAGACGACUUUGGUAAAAGAGAAAAACCAGGGCCGCACUUUUAAAUGGUGAGAGACUGAAUGUGGUGUUCCGAGUAACUAAGUAACCUUGAGCUGUGUGCAUAUCAAGCAAUUUGGAGAGUAAACUGAACAUUGGCUUAGAGAUAGACAUAAAACGAUGGAGUAACUCAGUGGGUCAGGCAUCUCUGGAGAAAAGGGAAAGGUGACAUUUUGGGUGGAAACCCUUCUUCAUACAUAUUGGCUUUCACUGCAAGAAGAUUCAACCAAUAGAGUAAAGAUGUCUGACAUCAAAUACAUGGGUGUGUGCUGGGAUCACGCCUGCAGCACGGUGUACAGGUCUGGUCUUCCUGGCAGAGAGAGGAGAAACCUGGGGUAGAGGAGAUUCAGUAGAUCAUUUCCUGGGGCGGGGGAUUUGUCCUACCCAGAACACAGAAAGCAGCCUGGGCUGCAUUUCUAGAAUGUAGAGGAAUGAGAGUCGACCUUAUUGAAACAUUCAAAAUUCUUAGGGGAAUUGGCAGGGACUUUUUUUCCCUAGCUGAAUGAAUGUAUGAAUGUAUGAAUGAAUGAAUGAAUGAAUACAUUUAUUGGCCAAGUAUUCACAAUGAAGGAAUUUGCCUUGGUGCUCCGCCUUCAAGUGACGACAUGACAUACAGUAACAGUUAGGAAUGACACAUUAAUAAUAAUAAUAAAACAUUAUCGAUUAAAGUAUGGGCUUGGUAUUAAAGUAAGGGAGUGGUCAUUUGGGACUGAAAUUAGUAGAAAUUUGUUAGCGUGGAAGGGAAUCUUUGGGAUCAAUUACUGAGGGCACAGGAUGCUCUAUCACCGAGGAUAUUCAAGGCAGAGCUCGCCAGACUUUUAGACAUUUGGACAGAUAGAUACAUGGAUAAGGAAUAGCUCAGAGGGAUAUGGGCCAAGUGCAGACAAAUGGGUCCAGCUAAGAUGGGGCGUUGGGGUCAGCUUGAACGGGUUGGGAUGAAGGGCCUGCCUUCAUGCAGUAUGCCUCUAUUAAGGGAAUAGAGAGAGGAAUGAGUUAGUGGAUGGUUGAAACGAGCGUGAGCGGUGAAGAGAGUGUUUGCUUCUGUUUCAGUUGUCAACUGGAGCCGUUUUCUCUCCUCAGGGUGAAAUGGCCACUCUGGCAGACGUGCUGGUCACGCUGCUGCUGACCUCCCUCCCCCCGCGGGUCGCAUCGGUCACUGGUCUGAAUGACCGAUCAGCAUUCUCGGCCACCAGGACCAGCAGCAUGUUGGGGGGUCUGCAGAGAGCGGUCACCUUCGACAAGCUCUUGGUUAACAUUGGACACGACUUCCACCCGGACACAGGCAGGCUCGUGUGCAGGAUUCCCGGGGCUUACUAUUUUGCCUUCACAGUUGGAAAGUAUCCCAAGAAGAUGCUGUCGGUCAUGUUGAUGAAGAACAGCCACGAGGUACAGGCGAUAGCAUUCAGUGACCACAGGCGCAAGGACCGCAAGGUGCAGAGCCAGAGCCUGAUGCUACCACUGAGUGUGGGUGACUAUAUCUGGCUGCUCCUGUCAAGCAGCCCCAAGUACGCGCUGUACAGCAACAUGGGGCCAUACACCACCUUCACCGGCUACCUGGUCUACACAGAGCAGCUGUCCCAGGGGCUGACCAAUAGCCUGCCCCCUGUCCCCAUCGCCUCCUGCUGUUGCCCCUCCACUCCGCAGCAUCAUCAUGGCUACCGGUCGGCAUUCUCAGUGGCUAGAACGAGCUCUCUGCUGGGGCAGAGCACAGGGGAUUUGCAGCAAGAAGCCGUCACCUUUCACACCGAAUACAUCAACAUGGGCAGGCACUUCAACAAGCAGAAGGGGAUCUUCACCUGCCACAUCCCUGGAGCUUACUACUUUUCUUUCAAUGUCGGAAAGCAUCCCUUUAAGGCCAUUUCUGUGAAACUGAUGAAGAACCAGAGUGAGGUGCAGGCCAUGAUCUUCGACGAGGACGAUUCAGAGCGGAGGGAGAUGCAGAGCCAGAGUGUGAUGUUACUCCUGGCAAUGGGCGACAGAGUGUGGCUGCACAGUCAGCAGCAUCAGCGCUUUGCUCUCUAUAGCAAUCUCGGCAAGUACGUCACCUUCACCGGCUUCCUCGUCUAUCCGGACACUGGCUCCCUGAGGAGCAGUGAGCCUGUGUGCACGUGUCCAACCUCUCCCCUGCGCAGCAACUGCCAGAACACUCCGCUUUGAUUUCAAACAUCUGCAGAGAAUGGGUAGUUUUGCUCAGUGGGUCUCAAAUCCCACUGACAUCAGACGCUGCUAAACCAGAUGGCGGUAGCUUAGUGCUUCCAACUGCUUCAGUAGUUUAACUGACUUGUUAGUAAGUUAAUACAGGCCAUUAAAUUACCAUCAUGGGCAACCUGAACAAGCUGGUACUGCUACUCAUCAAUCCUACAGCCUCAUCAAUCCAUUACACACAGGUUCCUAACCUCACCACACCCGAGACAGCUGGCAUUGACAACAAGGCAAAGUUUCACUGAGCGUGGCCGCAGGAACCCGGUAAACCUGAGUCAACGGGCAGCAAAAGGGAACAAUCCACCGACUGGACUCAUUCAGGACAUGAUGGCACUGUUGUCGGUCAUGUAUCCCAGCCCCAGAACAUCACCACAGCUGCCGUUCAGUUGGCCCAACAUCUCCGCAUUUUCACCAUCGGACUUCCUUCCAUGAGAGGGUCAGAAGAGGGGACCAUCGCGGAUGAUUGCAGUGUGCAACUCCAUAGAAAAGGGAUCAGUUCAUGUGCAGCAAGCUUCUGGGCUGACAAGUGUUAUCUUCGCCCCCUUCAAGCAAGAGAGGCAACUUACUACCCGUGGUUCACAAAGGCAUCACCAUAGUCGAAUGUUGGGGACACUACUGGCCGGGACAAGGCACCUGGAUACCGUGCAGGUCAGCGAUCAGCUGCCCCACCACAAGUCACUCACCAGAGCUCUUCCGUCAUCACAAAUCGCAUUGGGGAUGUGAUGGAGUAUUCUCCACCUUCGUAGAGGGGAAUAGCACUAAUAUCAACAACCAUCAUUCCUUUUACCACCGGUGACCAUGGCUACAGAGGGUGCCAGCCUCAACAUGCACUGUUAACAUCACUCCGGCAGCUCCCAAUCCCGUCACGCUCCUGACCCAGGAAAACAUCACUGCUCCUCGAUCAUCGUUGAGCGAUUAUCCUGGCAUUCCCUUGGGAACACUAUCCCCACGUAACUCAAGUCAGCAUAUCACCACUUCCCGGAGCAGUCAGACGCAGGAGGUAAACUGACCAUACCAGCGACACCCAGUGAUUGAAAGAAAUUAGGACUGAUGUGGAGAAAGCAAUGAAGGAGGAACGAGAGACGUAAAUGGGCGGAGAGUUGAAAUGGGAAUUUCAAAACACAGCUGGCAAUAGUUUGGUCGGGAAGAAGACAGGCAAGAGUGACUCCCCUGCUGCGUUGAGAGCAGGUAUUCAGGUGCUGCUGAGGUUGUAAACUUGCACUGAUCGGGAUAACAAAGGUUAAGGACCGAAGAUGAAAGAUCAGGAGAAGCGUAGCACAUUCCCGGCUAGGAUAGAGUUACAGGAAAUGAAAACGUUUGC